CGGAGCAAAAAGGCGGGCUUGACCUGAGAUACUGAUGCAGGCAGGGAGCCAGAGCAGCAGCAGCGCUGGGCCAAUCGCCGAGCCUCUGUGCGCGGCAUAUGCACGCAGCCCCGGAACGUGUGUUUUAUUUUUAUAUCCAUCUCUUUUUAUUUGGAUAUUCUUCUUUCCUUUUUUCCCGCUUGCAUUACUGCUAUCCCAAUUUUAUCCCUCGCCCCUCGUCCCUUUUUUCUUUUUAUGUUUUGCCUUUUCCCCUCGUCAACUCGUUGGGAGAGGCCAGUGCCGCAGACGCUUUGGGCAGAAGGCAAGAGAUCGUCCGGCCCGUCAACGUGCUCGCCGCUGAGGCCCCAGAGCCUAGUAGAGCCACGAGCCUAGAGCCACGAAGCUGGGGUUCUCGCCUGGCGCGAUACCUGGAACGUCUCCGGCUGCAGCUGGGACUGCUGCUAGUCCUCCGUACGAGCCCUCGUAGCACUGCUGGGCUGGCGCUAGCGGUCGCUGGCGUCGCUCCCAGCCAAGGCACAGCACGAAGGUUCACGCUGCCAUCCACUCGAGGCAUGGCAGCACCAUAGGCCACGCUCCCAGCAGAGCGCCAGCAGCUUAGCGUCCGCCGGUAGUGCGCCAAUGCCACAGCACACCCACCUGGCCAGGGCCUAGGCCAUGCUCAGCAAUAUCCACGCCGUCCGUCGGCCUUCCAGGUCGGCAUGUCACCCGCGCCGGCGCCUUUUAGCAGUCGAGGCGACACGGGCUGGCAGGGUACGAGCUCGUGGAGUCUCCAAGUACUGG